ACUUAAUUAAAUUACAAACUAAAAUUUCGCCGCGUUAGAACAAAUUUCUCUGAUUUGCCACAGAGCCCCAGCCCCCCAGUGUAAAGCAAACGGUGUAAGAAGCAACGACUAAACGAUAAAACGAGUAACACAUAAUUAUUUUCCCACGACGACUUGGAGAGAAAAAAGGGCCAAAAUGAAGGCGAAACUAGGCCGGGCGCUCAUUUUUGGGGCCUGUUUUAGCUGCAUUCUCCUGAUGACGGUCGCCGGUGCCGAAGUGGAAGCCGAUGAUUUUGAAGAUGGCUUUGUGGAGGAUGUUCAGGAUGAAUCUCCCAACGUGGCCGCUGGCGAUGAGGAAAUUGUCUACGAAAGUCCACCAAUUGAACCAAAGAAAUUCCAUUUUGCUGACCAUUUUGAUAAUGUCGAAGAAUCUCGUAAACUUUGGACUCUGUCGCAGGCGAAAAAAGAUGAUAUAGCCGAGGAGAUAUCCAAAUAUGAUGGCAUUUGGAAUUGGGAGUCGCCACAGCGUAUUGUGUGGGCCAAGGAUAAGGGUUUGGUAUUGAAAUCAAAGGCCAAACAUGCUGCCAUUUCGGCACGUCUGAGCAAACAGUUUGAUUUCAAGAAAGACAAACCUCUGGUCGUUCAAUAUGAGGUCACGUUGCAGGAGGGUCAAGAGUGCGGUGGUUCCUAUUUGAAGCUUUUGUCGGCCGGCAAAGAAACAGAAGAUCUUACUAAGUUCAAUGACAAGUCACCCUAUACGAUUAUGUUUGGUCCGGACAAGUGUGGAAAUGAUGUAAAAAUGCAUUUCAUAUUCCGACAUGUUAAUCCAAUUAAUGGCACCAUCACCGAGAAGCAUUGCAACAAACCAAAGAAUCGUCUGGAGGAACCUUUCAAGGAUAAGCUACCACAUUUGUAUCAAUUGGUCGUUCAUCCUGAUAAUAGUUUCGAAAUCCGCGUCGAUCACAAAAUCAUCAAUGAGGGCUCUUUACUCACCGAUUUCAAGCCAGCUGUUAAUCCACCUGCAGAGAUUGAUGAUCCCAAUGAUCAAAAGCCUGCCAAUUGGGAUGAACGUGAAAAGAUUCCCGAUCCCAGUUCACAGAAGCCUGACGAUUGGGAUGAGGAUGCUCCACCACAAUUGCCCGAUCCAAAUGCCGUGAUGCCCGAUGGUUGGCUCGAGGAUGAACCCGAUAUGAUCUUUGAUCCAACAGCCAGUAAACCCGAUGAUUGGGAUGCUGAAAUCGAUGGCGAAUGGGAGGCACCCCUGGUGGAUAAUCCUGCCUGUGAGAAGGCUGUCGGCUGUGGCAAAUGGAAGGCUCCCCUAAUACCCAAUCCCGAAUACAAGGGCAAGUGGCGUGCAGCCAUGAUCGAGAAUCCCAAUUAUCAGGGCAAAUGGGCACCGCGUAAGAUACAAAAUCCUGACUUUUUCGAGGAUCUUAAACCAUUCCGUAUGACACCAAUUGGCGCUGUGGGUCUGGAACUCUGGUCCAUGUCAAGUGAUAUUCUCUUCGACAAUCUUAUUAUUACGGACGAUGUGAAUGUGGCACGUGAUUUUGCUGCCAAUAGUUUUGAUAUUAAGCGUAAAUACAUUGAUCGGGAAUCGAAAACUCUGUGGCAUCGCCUAAUGCGUCGCAUGAACUAUAAGCCCGGAUGGUGGGCCUUGUAUUUCCUCUAUCUAUUGAUUCCAGCCAGUUGCUAUGUCUUUUAUCUCUAUCGACGAGCCAAAGAGGACUCGGCGGCUAAAGCAGCUGAUGCCAAGAAAACUGAUGCACUUCAGCCCGACGAUGAGGAUCAAGUCGAUGCUGAAGAGGACGAUGCUGGGGAUGAUAGUGAUCCCUCAGCCGAUAAGGCUAAUGGUGAUAAUAGCAGCCAGGAAAGCACGCCGCUGUCCGCUAGUCCCAAGAAAUCAAAGUCUGAUUUAGAUGAUAAAGAAAGCAAAUUGGAGCAAAAUGCUGAACCUAAGGAAACAACCGCAAAGGCCACUCGCAAGCGUCAAGUGCGCAAGGAGUGAAAGGAUCAAAAAAACUAAAUAGCAUUCUCUCCAAACAACAACAAAAACAAAACUUAACCCAAUUCCAAAAUGCAUAAAAAAAACCAACAACAAAUUUCCAUUUACUUUUAUAUAUGUUCAGGAAGCAUAGAGGAAACACCCACACACACACACACAAGCAAACAAAAUUCUCUCAUCUCACCUCCCACUCAAAGCAGAAAAAUUUGUUGUUGGCAAAAAAAUA